GCCGUAAACAAAGAUAAGUGAAUUUUAUUCACAAUGACGUGAGCCUUGUCAAUAGCUUUUUUCGCAUUUUGAUUGGCUACUUAAAAAAGUCCAUAAAAUCUCAUUAGUCAAAAAGUUGAUAGUUUGACACGUCUUCUCAUUGUACCUGAAGAAGGCUGGUUUGGCCAGCCAAAGUAAUAUAUAGUACACUUUAAAUAAAAUCAUCCUACGUUGUGUCGGUUUCUGCUUUUAUCUUCUUCACCCAUACAGAGGCAGGUAGGCUUAGCACUCCCCUUACCCCACACCUGGCGACACACCAUCCCGCACGAUGGAUCGCAAGCAACACGUCUUUAUGCAGCGUCACACGAAACCUCUACGUCCUUUACCAGUCAAAGUAAGAAGGGGCUGGAGAGGAGGAGAACUUCAGUAAAUAGGCGCGCAGGGAACUCUGGUCUAUUCCUUAUCCAUCACCCCAUGCGCGCCUCUCUCAUUUUCGUGACCAAGGUUAUUCGGCACGAACCGGGCGACCAUUGGCCACGUCUACACGAUCUGUUGGACACGAUAGGACACGCGUCUAAACACCCCUAACUGGCGGGUUUCCUUUGCGUUUCUUCCAUCGUAGGAUUUGUCAUGUCAAUGUUGAGAGCCAGACCAGUAGUGUUGUUUGGCCCAAGUGGCUGUGGCAAGAGUACACUGAAGAAUCGUCUUAUGAAGGAUUUUCCUGAAAAGUUUGGCUUCUCAGUGUCACACACCACGCGAAGUCCGCGGCCAGGAGAAACAGAUGGAAAAGAGUAUUACUUUACCAGCCGUGAUGUAAUGCAGCAGAGCAUUGAUCGUGGCGAAUUUAUCGAGUCAGCAGUUUACAAUCAGAAUCUAUAUGGAACUAGUAAAAAGGCUGUGCAAGAUGUCCUGGACGCAGGCAAAGUCUGUUUGCUCGACAUCGAUAUGCAGGGAGUUAUCAGUUUGAAGAAAACUGGCAUGGACUGUUAUUACAUUUUUGUGAAGACACCUUCAUUAAAUGAGCUGGAAAGACGCCUACGUGUUCGAGGUACAGAAACAGAAGGAUCAAUAUCUAGGCGACUAGAUACUGCAAAGAAGGAACUUGCGUAUGCUGAGCAGCCUGGCAAUUUCCAUAGUGUGAUUAUUAAUGAUGAUCUGGAAGAAGCUUACACUGAGUUCAAGAAUAAGAUCCACUUGGAGGUGGUUUCCCUUUGGUAGCUUAGGUAAUUUAAGAUCAUUUUAGUUGUUGUGCUACAGGCUGAAUGAAACAGGCUAUCAGUUGUUAAAAUGUUUGUCGCAUUGACAUAUUCAGGGAAUUAUUGAACUCAACAAGGUGGUCUUAGGUUGACUAACAUUACAUUGUCACACAUAUAAAAUAAACUUCAAUUACUUAAAAUAGGUAAAAGAUAAAAUGCGCUAUUUGUCAUUUCCUGUUGAUAUGUGAAUGCCACUACCUAGACCUUAACAGUUUUUCUGAUUUACCGGUAUUAUUGAUUUGGGGGUGGCUGCCCAAACAAAAUAGCUGUAAUGAAUUUACAAUUUGAAGUUUUGUGUCAUUUAGUUCCUUAUUAAAUUUAUUGCUGGCAGGGAAGAGGGCACAUGAAAAUGGAGAAUCAGAUUGAUUUUUUUUUGUUUUCUUUAAGUAAUUAGGAAUUUCUAGUUAAUAAGUUACAACAUAACUGCAAUUUGAGACUUUCAAGACUGUGCUGUCAAUGGAAAGUGAGGGAUAGAUUAGCAACCUGUUGAUCUUUUGUCUUCCUCAAGAUUUGAAAACCAAUAGUAAUUUGUUAAUCCUUAGUUGAUUUUCAACUUAUUCAGCAUGGCUCCUGUCAUUUUGACUUUAAACGUCUGUGUACAAAAUCAUUGGUUAUCAUUACACUUCUGAUCUCAAACUUGAUUAGCAUAUUUGAAUGUAACUAACUGCAGGCAUAUUGCAGAUAUCCUUCCCUAACUUAAGCUAUAUUGUAUUCAUAUGGCUCAGAAGUAUAAAUCUCCAAAUGAUUAAUCCACAGCUACUUGUCGCUGAAAAAUUCACUGGAAAACCAUUGUUGUCAAAAAAGGAAACGUUCUUUGACCGGAUUUGAACCAGCAACCCAAGGCUAGUAGAUAAAUUCAUGUACUGUUAGUGUAGCGGGGCUCAAAAAAUGUUUGAAUUGCAGCUUUCCCUUUGGACAAGUAGCUCUCAAAUUUUGCUCGCCCAGGGCAAUGCAUGCUUGUUUUUGCUUUCCUUUUUGACUUAACUGGGAAACAUUACAGUGAGCCCUUGCCAAUCGGACAUGUGAUAAAGAAAAGUUACUUGCCCCACAAUAAAAUUCACUUGUUGCAGAGGGCCGGAUGGCACUUUUUGCAAGCCAUGUAGUCCUGCAAUCUACCAACUGGGCUUUCUUAAUGUUGCCCAAAUAUUGUAUCUCUUGCAAUUAUUUUUUUGUACCAUGAUAAGGGACUGAUUGGGGUGGACUUGGGGUGGAUGCUUGCAGUGCAAAUACUGUAAACAAAGAUCAUCCCGAAAUGGCAUUGACCUUAUGUGGAUAUAAAUAAAAAUCCAAAAAAAAGUCAACAAGAAAUCACAUUGCCUUCUAUUAACAAUGUUAGAGGCUUGAAUUGAUUCACCCAGAGUAUAUCUUUAUUACUACAUUAAACAGCAUAAAUAGUGCUGUUAGCAACUUAUUUAUUGUAAGUUUUAUUUACAAUAUUUGUAAAAAAGAGAAAUUUUAAAUGCUUUUAGUUAUAAUAAGAUUUAAGUGUCUCUGGGUAAGUUUCUUUUUUUGGUUCGUUAAGUGUAAUUAACUAGUGAACUGUGACAGAGCUUAAUAUUGCAUGGACAUAAACACUAAAAAUGUUUCUUUUGCCUUACAAUGAAAAGACGAGGAUUAAAACUGAGUACAGCUUA